GUCUCAAUUAGCAGGAAAGCGUGUGUGCACUGAAUCAAACGAGGUGACCAGGAGGAGAACGAAGAGAACGAAGUCGGGAGGCGCGACCCCCGCGUCUCACGCGCCGCACACGUGAACAUUCACACUCCGCAACGCGUCUCGAUUGCUCAGGCAAACCGCGCUCGGAGGCUUUGGGCACUUGUUCCUCGACCACCACCACCUCUCGUCGUUAUUAUGUCCAACCAAUUCGAUUAUAUAUACCACGGGCUAUCUCCAGAAGUAGGAAAGGUCCGAAUUGCUACUAGUGGUAUUGCAUGGAAAGGCGAAGACAGCGAUGCAAUCGUUGGCCUUCCUGCAGCAGAUAUCAAAUGGGCGCAAUGGGUGCGGGUUGCACGCAACUACCAACUCCGGAUAGGCACCAAAGACAGGAAAAGGGAGAACUUUGAUGGUUUCUCGCGAGAGGACCAUGAGAAAAUUGCUCAGCUGUUCAAACAAUUCUUCAGUGUCACAUUGGAAACGAAGGAGGUGUCCUUGAAGGGAUGGAAUUGGGGAGUAACGGAUUUCCAAGGCCAAGACCUUGCCUUCCUCGUAUCAAACAAAACUGCAUUCGAGCUUCCACUAACGAAUGUAGCGAACUCGAACAUCGCUGGCCGAACUGAAGUUUCCCUCGAGUUCGCCACACCCACGAAUAAGAAACCCUCAAAAGGGGCACCAGAUGAAAUGGUUGAAAUCCGGUUCUACGUACCAGGAACACAUACCAGAAGUACAAAAGGGUCGGAAGCUGGCUCGCAACACUCUGAAGACGAGGGCGAGGAAAUCAGUGCGGCGCAAGCGUUCCACGAUACAGUCAAGGACAAGGCCGAGAUUGGUCAAGUUGCUGGCGAUGUCAUCUUGAGCUUCGAGGAAGUCCUUGUCCUUACUCCUCGUGGUCGAUACGAUGUCGACAUGUUCCCCGAGUUCCUACGACUGCGUGGCAAGACCUAUGAUUACAAGAUCAUGUAUAACAGCAUCUCAAAACUUUUCCUUCUACCAAAGGACGACCAGCAUGUUCUCUUCAUUCUUGGUCUCAGCAAUCCGAUCCGACAAGGUCAAACCAGAUAUCAGUACUUGGUUAUGCAAUUCAGCCGGGAAGAAGAAAUUACGGCCGAGCUGAACAUGUCAGAAGAGGAGAUUGAAAAGUAUGAUCGACUGAAGAAGUCAUACGAAGCUCCCACUUUCGAGGUUGUCUCGGGUGUAUUCCGCGCACUCUCAGGGAAGAAGAUCAUUGGUGCUGGCAGCUUCCAGAGUCGAGAUGGACAUCCAGGUAUCAAAGCCAACCUAAAGGCCGUUCAAGGCGAUCUCUUCAUGCUCGAAAAAUACAUAUUCUUCGUCUCAAAACAACCCACGCUCAUCGACCUUUCCGACAUUUACCAAGUUGUUUUCUCACGUCUCGGGGCAGGACUCGGAGCCACUGCCGCACGUACUUUCGACCUCAAGAUCGUCACCAAAUCUGGCCCUGAGUACACCUUCACUUCGGUCAACAAGGAGGAGUAUGAGGUCACAGAAAAGUACUUGAAGGAGAAGAAGGUGAAAGUCAAGAAUGAGAUGAUGGAGGGAGAGUUGAUCAUGGCCGCCGUGGAUGAUGAAGAUGAGGAGAUGCAGAGUGUGGCGAGCAGUGGCGAGGAGGCGCCCAAGCCCAGAUUAGGUGGAGAUGAAGAUGACAGUGAAGAGGGUAAGAAUUCCCGACACUUUUAUUCUCGAUGUUAUACUCACUCUGUUUUCUCAUUUUCAGACGAGGACUUCCAGGCAUCUUCAUCAGAUGAGGGAUCACCCUCAGAGACGUCUUCAGAAGAGGAAGGAGGCAUGACCGCGUCAGACGCGAGUGGAGAUCGGGAGCUCACCAAAUCUGUCAAGGGUAAAGCGAAGGUACCCAAGAAGAAAGCGCCAGCGAAGAAGGCCAAAGCAGGUAGCGAUCACGAGGAUGAAGGGGAGAAGCCCAAGAAGGCUGCGCCGAAACCAAAGCCCAAGACGAAGAAGAAAGAUGCGGAUGGUGAUGCUAUGGACGUGGAUGAGGCUCGUCCAAGACCAAAGCCUAAGCCCAAGGCAAAGCCAAAAGCGAAGGAAGGAGAGGAAGAAGGUCCAGCAAAAAAGAAACUGAAGAAGUCAGAGGACUGAUAAAUUGUUUCUCCCUUCACUUCCUUUAGUUUAGCGUUCCAUUCAGUAUUGUUUUCGUCUAGCUCUGGUAUCUUCUGCAGUAAUAGUAUGUGUAUUAUGACGUCUUUCCUUGCUACAAUUCUAUUCAAAUUCUAC